AUGCGACCCUUAUAUAUUAAAAGGUAUUUCGGAAUGCCAGCCUUAACAACACAGCACCAUUUCCUAACCAACCUCCGCGAGAGUACUAGAAAUCAGCAGGUAUAUCAUAUAGUGUCCGCAAAUCGAGUACGAAAUUCCAACCGACUAUUCUCCAUGAAAUCCUCUGGAUAUUUUAUUAUCCCUAUUAAUGAGCAAGUAUCCAAGGCGAUUUAUAGGGAUCUUAACAACAGCCGUCAAGAAAUUCGGCUGCUUCGUGUCCACCCGUCUAUUGACCCCGGUGCCUCACUUAGUUGCACCCUCCUACACGCAGAGCUGAGUCCAAAUGCUGCUUCAACUCGGCCAAGCUAUGAAGCGCUAUCUUACGUCUGGGGGCAUCCCGACCUUUCAGAGCCAAUUUUCCUCAACAGUCAUCCCUUCUUUAUUACGCCCAGUCUGAAAUAUGCUUUAACCUCACUCCGGCAAAGGCAUAAGGCUAGGGUCCUCUGGGUAGAUGCAAUAUGCAUCAACCAACUGAAUGAUAAGGAGCGUGGCGAGCAGGUAGCUCUGAUGAGGCAUGUCUACUCGAGUUGUGAGAGAGAUAUAGCGUGGCUAGACCCAAUGGUUACCGUGAGGUUACAGGACAAGACCUCUUACACUUCACAGUCCAUCGAAAAAGAAGAGAAAAGAGUAAAAGAAGGAAUGGAAUUCAUUAAAACGUUGAAUCGGAAUGGUCAAAGGCUCAAAGCUACUCAAGAUUUAUAUCGGAAUACAGUCAACCCUACUUUUACAAAGGUACAGAAAGCACUGGUGGCGCUAUUUGGAAGCCCAACUCUGUGGAGUCGCCUCUGGUCCUGCUUGACCGACUUUUUCAAAGAUGAACCCUAUAUCGGUGCGUUCCAUACAGACUAUCCGACUCAUUCGAGGUCCUACUAUAGGAGCUUCAGCAAGGUCUUUCUUCCAGCAAAGCGGAUCGAAGAUCAGCGUCGGAUAUUGAGUCAACGUGGCAAUAUUACCUCAGACUUCCUCGAUGUCCUGACGCGUUUUAGGGCCAUGGAAUCUACAGACCCGAGGGAUAAGAUCUACGGACUCCUUGGACUAGUAGCCCCAGACCCUGGUAUUGAGGUCAAUUACACCCAGCCGUUGGUGGAUGUGUAUAAGAGAACUACUCUUUCACUCAUAAACCAUUCUGGGAAUCUCGAUAUCAUCUGCCAAAAUCCUUUCGAACUCUGGGGAGGUCCUAGGGCGCUCGAAGAUUCUAGCGUGGGAAAUCUCCCUUCCUGGGCUGCUGAGUUUGAUGCAAAACCUGAGACUUGUGUUCCAGUCCUUUUUGCACAGCGCAAUAUAUUCGCAGCUGGAAGUAAGCACUACACGGCUCCUUGUCGGGUUCUGGGGCAGGGUGAAAAUAUGCUGGCUCUGAGAGGCGUGAAGCUAGGGAAUGUUGGGCCGAUCCUCCAGAGACGUGUUAUUAUUUCUCCCGGCCUAGGAAAGCAGAAACUUACUGGAAAUCACCUCAAAAAAGGAGGUUGGAACCGAUUUAUUAGAAGUGAAGAAAGGGAAGCAGGAUUCUUGAUGGAGAUGUAUUUGGGCAAGGAGGCCGUACGGAACCCCGACAGUAGACUCUAUGAGCCGAAGGUUGGUGGCAGUCGGAGUGAGGAAGUCCUUUCGGAGGCGAAGUUUCAUUGCUCCUCGGUACGACCUCAGCGUCCGCGCGAUUCUAUGUGCGAAACAGCCUUUUGCGCAUUCUUGCGGACCCUUUUCAGGGACUGUACGCAUCCGCCCCGGAUACGCCGCCUACGCGACUCAGAAAUUGCCUCUCUUCAAGUGCACAAUCGCGACUAUACCAGCCAACGAUUCAUCCGCGGUUUGAAGAACUAUAAGAUCCGUGAUAACUGGCGAAUUUCCAGAUAUGCGUUUAGUCAUGAUCCCGAGGCUGAAGAUAAGAUGCAGUUAGCAUAUGUUGGCUACGCGCCUUACAACAGGGAUCUCAUGUUCACAAUAACAGAUAAUGGAGUGUUUCUGCUGGUGCGACCGCAUGUGCAGCAGGGCGAUAUUGUGGUGGUUCUGGAUGGCGCCAAAGUCCCAAUGAUUCUAAGGAAGGCUGAGUUGAAUCGGCAAGGCGGGGAUGAUAUAGAGGUUUAUAGGAUUGUGUGUUCAGCCUAUGCGCAUGGUUUCAUGGAUGGUGAGGCAGGGGAGAUGGUUGAUGAGGGGAGGUUAGAAAAGCAGGAUAUCUUUAUUGUCUAA